UUUUUUGUGAUAGGAUGAGCGAUUCAGCGUACAGGGUUGAAACAACCUCUCGUCUUGCCCAAUGGAGAAUCGACAACUUGGCUUCAUGUACUUACCGCAAGUCUGAUCCUUUCAAGAUCGGCAUGUGGAACUGGCACUUGAUUCUGGAGAAGGACCGGGGUUUGUUCAUUAGGUUAUACCCAGAACUGACCAAUCUUUCUAGAGAAAAACCACCCAUUGUAUCUCUAAUCUUAAGGGUUGUUAGUUCUUCGGGAGAUCGCAAGGCCCUGACUCAUUCAGAAAUAAAAGACAAACUGAUUAAGCCCAGUGAAGACUAUGUUUGGGCAAUUGAGGUCCCACUAACUGGAAAGUUCAUUAUUGACGUUGAGUUCCUGGAUUUAAAGACGGCGUCCCCCAAGGAUGAACCUUGCUCCAUCUGGGAUGAUGAUAUUAUGCAGAAAACCUCAAAUGCAGCAGCCCUUCAAUCACUAGGUCGAAUGCUAGCAGAACACAUCCACACAGACAUCAUGAUAAAUGCUUCAGAUGGAAGCAUCCAGGGCCAUCGUGCUGUUCUUGCCGCUAGAUCACCUGUCUUCAGCAGUAUGUUCUCAUACAAUCUUAAGGAGAAAGAGCUAUCUGCCAUAGACAUCCCAGACAUGUCAGUUGAAGAUUGCCAAGCCUUUCUCAAUUAUCUUUAUGGGAUCAUCAAGCAUGAAGAAUUUCUGACACAUCGGCAAGUCCUUCUGCAUGCAGCUGAUAAGUAUGAUGUAUCUGACUUGAAAGAGGCAUGCCAUCAGAGUCUUCUCAGAGAUAUAGAUUCAAAAAAUGUACUUGAGAGACUCCAAAAUGCAUCUUUAUAUGAAUUGCCGGAAUUGAAGAUGAGCUGUAUGAAAUAUCUCGUGAAAUUUGGUAAAUUAUAUGACAUUCGUGAUGAUUUCAAAGAAUUCGUGCAAUAUGCAGACAGGGAUCUGAUUGCUGAAAUCUUCAAUGAAAUUAUCACUUCCUGGAAAGGAUUCUAAAGAUCUUCCUGCUUCAAAUGAGAGGAUCAAAAGGUGUUUCAUUACAAGCCAACAAAUUAGGUUAUUUUAAUAUAUGUUCUGCAGGAUUUGUCACAAUGAAAUUCUUUUGUUCAGAUUGAAUUUUUUAGUAUUUCCACGAACAUAUUAUUUUAGGCUCUUUAGCCUUUAUAUGUAUACCAAGCUAUUCUUGUUAGUGAAAGCACAAUUCUAUAUUACAUAGAACUCAUAUAAUGCAGAAGUCUUUGAUGUUAUUUUAAUGUUAUGUGAAUAAAGCAUUUUAUUUUCCAA